AUGGGACAACAGGACAGGAUCUACUUCACGCACUUUAGAAAGAAAACCGGCGACCAGCCCAAGCUGUACAUAUGGUCCAACGACGUGGAUUUCGCGUAUAUGGAAGCCGAUGGCAGAAGGUCCACCACUAUGGUUCCCAUGGGAAAUAAGUUUCUGGUGUCCCACAAGUUCAUCUUCGUAGCCAAAGUGAAGGACGUAACCACCCAGACUGUGAAUCUCAUGGUCUCGGCAGAUGGCGGUCGCUCCUUCAACGCUGCGCAGUUGCCCACCGAAAUUGACGAGAAGUCGUACACAGUUUUGGACACUUCCGAGGGGCUCGUGAUGCUGCAUGUCAACCAUGGAGCAAAGGAGAAUCAAGUGGGGAACGUGUACAUCUCAGAUGAGAAAGGCUUCCGCUUCACGCUGUCCCUUCCAAACAACGUUCGUGGCACAAACGGUGACUGUGAGUUCGACAAGGUGUUGAGCUUGGAGGGCGUGUACAUGGCCAACUUCAAGGACAUCCCACGUUCUGGCGACUCUGCAUCCAGUGGGGCAGAAGUGGCCAAGGAAGCAGCAGCCGAGAGCGAAGCACUGGAAGGCGAAGCAGCAGCUGGCACAGAGGUGGACAAGAGGAGGGCUCCCAAAAGCAAGGCCAAAGAGGAAAGUGUGGUUCGCACUGUGAUCUCUUUCGACAAGGGCGGAGUAUGGUCCUACCUGAAGCCUCCCCGCGUGGACUCCACUGGAAAGCAGAUCGAUUGCCCUCCAGACAAAUGCUGGCUACACCUGCACGGCAUCACCAACUUCCACAACUACGCGCCUUUCUACUCGACUGAAAAUGCCAUCGGCAUCAUCAUGGGCACCGGUAACGUUGGUCCAUACUUGCGCUUCGAGCCAGACCAGACCAACACCUACCUCUCCCGUGACGGCGGCCUCACAUGGCUGGAAGCACACAAAGGUGCUUUCAUUUACGAGUAUGGAGACCAUGGCGGCCUUGUUGUCAUGGCCGACGAUGUGCGGAAGACCAAGCUGGUGGUGUUUUCGUGGAACGAAGGGCAGAGCUGGUAUGAUUUUGAGCUCUCAUCCAUGCCCAUCGAGGUGGACAACAUCGUGACAGAGCCGAACGCGACUUCGACGAAGUUCCUCCUCUACGGCACACGUGGAGAUACGGGAGUGAUGUACCACCUGAACUUCGAGACCUUGGGACAGCCUCUCUGCAAGGGUGUUUGGGCCGCGGACUCCGUCUCUUCCGACUACGAAACUUGGAGUCCAUCAGACGGCAAGAGCACUGAGAAAUGCCUCAUGGGCAAGCAGGAGAUAGCCACUUUAAGCACUCACGCAAUCACGGAGCUUGCAGCGGCGAAAGGAAAUUCUGCGAAGACUGUCAAGCAAUACUUACAAGGUUUGCUUGGCAUACCCAUCUAUAGACAAAGACUUCUGGCUGGAAACCUGCCGGUUAGUGACGAUGCCUCGUUGGGGACACUCGCCUCUGAGGAAGUGCUGCUGGUCGUUCUUCCUUUUCAAAAAGCCACAACAAGGCACGUCAAGGCGCUUCAAUUUGCAGCAGCUUUGGACCAGGCUGAAGAGAUGGAGUGUCUUCUUCAGCUUCCGCUGGAUCCCGAUUGCGUCGACGGUGAGAAGGGGAGGGAAGGACGAAGUGUCCUUGGCGUGGCUGCCCUCCACGGAAGCUGGUGCUGCGUCAGCUUGCUGCUCGAAGCUGGGGCGGACGCAAACAAACCGACGGACCUCUUUGGUGCAUCGCCGCUUUGGGCUGCGUCCAGAGGCGGGCACCUGGAGACUUGUCGGCUGCUUCUCCAGGCCGGAGCUGAUAUGGACAAGCCAGCGAUCACUGGCACCACCCCGCUUUGGGUGGCAGCCAGUUACGGACAUGUGGAGCUUCUGCGUUUCUUGCUGCGUGCUGGAGCUGAUACGACCACGUCCAACCAUGAAACAGGUGCGACGCCCCUCUGCAUGGCCUGUGAGCAGGGCCAUGCUGAGGCAGCACAGCUGCUAGUUUGGGCUGGAGCCGAGAUUGACACGGCCGACAAGGGCGGCAUGACGCCAUUGUGGGCGGCUGCACGGCAUGGACACUUGGAGAUCGCCAGCUUGUUGCUGGAAGCUGGUGCAGACAUGGAGAAAGCGAACUGCUUUGGGACCUCUCCUUUAUGGAUUGCUUCAGCAUAUGGCCACAAUGAGGUGGUGCAACUUCUGGUGUGGGCUGGUGCUGACUUAUGUGCCACGAAUCAGCAAGGGGAGACCUCUUUCUGGAUUGCUUCGAAGUGCGGGCAUCUGAAAGUGAUGUGUGUGCUGCUUCAGCCAUCUGUCGGUAACGACUAUCGCAACCGUGGCGCAUUCCUUGAUGAUCAAGCUUGCUUCCUGUUUGGAUGGGUGCAGGCCAAAACAGGUGGACUGCGGGUGAAGACGGAGUCCAUGACCAUUGUGACCAGUAUCCUAUACUUGCCCGGCAGAGAAUGCAAAAAGCUGAACGUCACCUCACCAGCAACGGACAGCCAGGAGGCCAAAGUGCCAAAGACAUGGGCGACAUAUACUCGACGCAAGCAGACUUCGGAAUGCUUCAAUGGCGAGAAGUUCGAGCGCCCGAUAAGCAAGAAGAAUUGCGAAUGCACCCAAGAGAACUUCGAGUGCGAAGUGGGCUUCACCCGUGCGGUCGGGUGGAUGGAUUGCAAGUAUGCCGACGAUGGCUCCAUCAAGAUCCCCUACAGCUGCGCGAGGAACGACCACUUCUUUGCCACUGGCUACCGCAAAGUCGUCGGAGACACUUGCGAGGGCGGCUGGCAGCCACAACAGGUGAGCGUGCCCUGUCCUCCGAAACCGAUGAGCAAAGGUGCCUGGUCUGUUCUCGGAGCCCUAGGAAUGCUGGCAGUAGUGCUGUUCGCCGUGAACUAUUUGUCUCAGAACGACCGCAUGAAGGGUGUCUUUGCAAAUUACGGCUUCGCUUCCCACUCCGCCGUUCAGUACGCCGGCAUCGGUGUGAAGCAACCUGAAUCAGCAUUGGACAGCGUCGGCACGCGCUUUGAUGCUGAGUUCAUCGAAGGCGAUCAG